AGCUGAAUUUGUGCAAGUCAUAACAAACGAUAUCCGUUCAACGAGCAUUUAUUAUUCAGACAUAAACACACUAGAUCAAGGCCAACGGGGCAACUAUUGGACUUUCGUAACUUUCCAUUGCCUGAUAAACACCUGUUUAGUUUCAGGCUGUAAAAUGCAAACGUGAGAUAGGCCUGGAGAAGGGGAGAGAGCGGGAGGUAUGUGUGUGCUGUGUGUGCGGAUAUAGGCUACAUGUGUGUAAUGAAGGGGAAGGAGAGAACACAAUGAUAAAUCAUUAAGCAUAUCGGUUGCUCUCAACAAACCUCAUUGGCAACUUAACACAAACGUGACCAAGGCGAAUAGUCAAGUCAACAGCAUUUCAACCUGGGAAAUAUACCUGUGCUUAUCAUUCUAUAAGCACAAAGUUCAUAGACAAAAAUAACUGCAUCGAAUAAAAUCAAAGACUAUACAUCUGUUUUUUAUUCAUCAACUAACUUGAAAAACGGAAUGGAUCCUAUAGUGGAGGUAGUUGCCUUGCUUCUUGGGUUCUGCGGAUGGGUGAUGGUGGGCAUAGCUAUACCAAACCGCUACUGGAAGGUUUCCUCCGUUGAUGGGAAUGUCAUCACUACCUCCACAAUUUAUGAAAACCUGUGGAUGUCCUGUGCUACGGAUUCUACUGGCGUCCACAACUGCCGCGAAUUUCCCUCUCUCCUUGCCCUCAAUGGUUAUAUCCAAGCAUCUCGGGCGUUGAUGAUCUCAGCGGUUGUCUUUGGAACCAUCGGGCUGUUUGCCACUCUGAUCGGGAUGCAGUGUUCUAAAGCAGCGGGAGAUAACAUUGUUCUUAAGGGCAGAAUAGCUGGUGUUGGUGGCGUGUUUUUCUUGCUUCAAGGCCUCUGCACAAUGAUCUCAGUGUCUUGGUACGCUUUCAACAUCACCCAGGUCUUCUUUGAUCCAUUAUAUCCUGGGACUAAGUAUGAGAUCGGAGAAGGCCUUUACAUUGGCUGGUGCUCGGCUGUUCUCGCCAUCCUUGGAGGGUGUUGUCUGACAUGUUCCUGCAAACUGGGCACAUCAGAGAAAUAUCUCCUCAGCCCUUACCCUUACCAGUCCAAGGGCACAGCGUACUCCGGAGUUGCACCAUCGAGGAGUCAGGGUGCCAAUUCAUAUGGCCGGAACGCCUAUGUUUGAGAGGAAGAGGAGACACCUUUGAACCCCAUAGAUCAUCAUUAUUCACUAUGGCACACGGCCUAUGAACUACAGCUGGUGAAGAUAUGUAGAAACAACUGAUUGAGGUCUAAAGUGCCAAUACGUAUUUUUUUCAUGUGUUGUAUGUAAGUAAAUGCAGAAUAGAUGGGAUGCUUUAUGAUUGACAAAUGCAUUACCUGUACAUUUCAUAAAUUGUAUUUUUCAUAAUGAUAGUCUGAUGUUGGAAUUUCAUUUGGACAGUUGGGUGUUUUUGAGAAGCUCAGUCCUAUGAUCUGUUGAUGUACAAACUUCUAGAUCAACUGCAAGGUCAAAACCAGCAGAUACAGACUUUGGUGAUUGGGAAGUAUUCAUAUGUAUUUUUGUUAUCAGGAUGUUUUGUAUUGUUUGUACAGUUUUAUAAUGAUAGGGGUUGGUUUUGUAAUGUUUGUACAGUUUACAAUAUUUUAUGUUAGAUUGAUAAAUUUUUUCAUGUUAAA